GUUGAUUGAAUUAUGUAUACGGUAUGUGGUAUCUUCAUCAAAACAUCAAAACAGGAAAUGGAUUAGGGUACGGUGAUACUCCAGGAAUGGUUGUAGUACGGUGGAGGUAUCGAUCUUUAUUUGUCUGCCACAUUAGCGUUUUUGCUAAUUGGCUGUACGGACAACUUAUGCGCUACCUUAAUUAGUCCAAAGUUUCUCGGCCAACGCAAAUUUCUUCUCCCAUAACAACUACUUUACUUUUACUACCGACAAAUUCGACCUCAAACAUCCAAAGACAUCUGAUCUAACUUUCACUUCAAAUAUUCACCACCUUUAACAUUCGGAUAAUAUAAAAAUCAUCGCAUAACCGUCCUUGCUUGAAUCUUCUUCUUACCAACACGAUGGCUUCAUUUGGCGAUGAUAGUCAUGGGGUAAAGAGAUUUACUAAGUUUCCGCAACUUCCAGCUGAACUUCGAUCUCAAGUGUGGUUAUUCGCUUCCUUUCACCGACGCAGAAUACCUGUCGCGGUCAAAGAUCUUCACCGACUCGAAGGGCCACAUAUCAUGCAAGACAAAGAACAUCAACUCUUCAGAUUUCGGUGUGAUACCCCCAUACCUGCGCUGUUUAGUGUCUGCAAAGAGGCCAGGAGAGAAGCAAAGAAACACUUUCAAAAGGUCAUGGUCGCAAAACACACCUUCUCGUUUUUCUCCAUGACCCUUAUACCACGAUUUUACACCAAUCCCGUUUGCGAUAGAAUUUGUCCCAUCGGCGACUAUGAUUUGCCGAAACAACAGGCGCUUUUGGCAUCGAUAAAGAGCUCAGGAAUUAAGAGCAUCGCACUAGAUGAAUCACAGUGGUGUGAUAUGCUUAGCCCCUCUUGGCGAACAUCGUCAGGGCUGGGCUUAUGGGUCGAAGGAACCACAGACGUUUCUAAUUCCAUCCAAUCCAUCUGGCUCUAUUUCAGUGCAAGCACUUACACCAGCCACAAACCCAGUCCUAAAAGCUCAGUUAAAGGCACCCCAUUCAUUCCUGAUUGGGACCAAAUCAAUCACUACCACCAAUGCGCCGUCACUUAUAUGCUUUCAAAGUUCUUCAGACAUCUCUGUUAUCUACGAAGAUGGGUCCAGCAGGUAGUCGAUAGGGAAGCGAACGGUAUCAAUAGGGGUUUCGGACGGGAAAAAGUCACCUUCGCUACUAGAGUGUAUAAAUCUGAAAUCGACACGGCGACUUUGAAAGAUUGGAUAGAGCCAAGGGUUCAACUGAUUGCGGAUAAUCUUCCCCCUCAUUUUACGCGUUUUUUGUUGACGAAGGAUUCCCUUGCCUCUGUAUUUAUAUAGUGAUACUUGUGACUUUUGUCAUUGAAGUAUUUAAUUACGUGGAUUGUAUGUAUGCGUGUGGGCUGCGGGAUUGUGGGGUGGGUUGUUGUGUUUCUGGAUUGCUGAGAUUUAUAUCGGAUGGGAUGGGAUGGAAAGGAAAGUAACGUUAGAUGAUGGGUUGGGUAGUGUUGGGUGUGUAGCUCGGUGCAUCCAUUCAUUAUAUUGCAUCUAUUUCUAUACUCGAAUUUAGAUUCGAAACUCGAUAAUCUUUCGAGUCGAGAGAGAUACUCCAGGUACUCUCCAGACUCCAAACACAGCCUAAUAAAUCGAGAGGUUUCCUUUAUCAGAUGCCUAUCUUUAUUCACCAUUCAGUUCAUUCUCUAGCAAAACUUUCGAAAACUCGACUUUCAAUCGCAAUUCUAGAUAAAGUUGACACAUGAUUUCAUUUCCAGGAUAUAGUUCUUCUGAUAGAAGAACUUGAAUGGCUACCU